CCUAACACAAUGCUAACCGAGCAUUUACUAGGUCUAGUUACCCGGAUAUUAAAAAUGAGUCGAAGGUCUUCUGGAAGCUCGCACAUGCCUUCCCGUCUCAGCGUGGAUCUCUUCGAGUUAACUCGAGUUGUAUCCGUACGAAGAGCCAAAACAGCAGGUAUCUCACCCGUUCGUCAUCUCAUAAUUAAAUUUCUACUUUCAAACAAUCGAAUUCAACACCAUGUCGCCGGCUUUUAUCAUUCAGGACUUGCAGGCACCACAAGGACAGCCGUAGAGCUCUCAACAUGGCAGCAGAACGACAGUGUGACCAUCUUGAUUCUCGCUCUCAAUAACAAUAUGUUGAUAAUGAGGCUGUGGGACACUUUAGUAAAGCGAGCUGUUGUUAAGAUUUUGCCAUGGUUUGAGAAUGCAAGUUGGAAGAUCCUGGUGAUGUGUUUGAGUCCAGAAGCCGAGUGGUUGGCUUGUGUGUGUCAAGAUUACACUAUUCAUCUUGUCCCGUGUUAUACUCUGCUGACAGGUGAAAAUGUAAAGGUCAAUAAAUGGUCAUUGAAAGAUAUUACAACAAUACAACAAGCAGACAAACAACGAGUUGUGACAUGUGCUGUAUGGUGGGAAACACACAGUAAGAGACAAAUUCUAAUCACUGGAUGCAAAAAAGGGAGAAUUGAGUUUGUAGACUUGGUUUUGAAGGAAGAAGUAUUUCGGGUUCAAGUUCCUAGUGCUGUCGCGUCUAUUGAAUUGCUAGGAAAGACAAGUGCACGAGCCACAUAUUUGCUUAUUCGUGUAGAGGAAGGCCAGAGUUGGCAGAUGAUUCUUGAGGCUCUGAAUGACGGCUCCAUAUUUACUGAAAAUGUUAGCUGGACUGCUGAUGGUUCGUUGUCAGAAUUUGUCAGCUGUGUGGAUGAAGACAGAAUGCCUGAACCAUUCUACCCUUCAGAAUUUAAGUUGUUGCACCUUGAUGUGAAGUUGAGCUGCCAGAAAAGGAAAGAUCGGUUGUUCAUGGCUGUCCAUGAUCUUAUCACUCAACGAUUUGAAUUGUUGAAUGCCGAUAUGGCUCUUCAAGACCAAGCUCUUUUUACAUACAAACUGCUUCAGAAAGCUUACUUGCUGCAAUUCACUGAAAUCGUAAUGUUUGUUGUGUGCCAGCAAGCCAAGCAGCCACCUUCCUUGCACAUCUUGUCAUCACAACUUGCAGCAUCUGUUCCACCAACAAAUAAGCCACCAAAAGAGGAGCCGAGCAGCAGUGAUAAUGUUCUGCAGAGUUUUUCUCUACCAGAAGAUGAAGAGUUGCUUAGUCUCUAUUUGUGUUGCCAGCCAUCUGAAAUGAUUGAUGCAGCCUCUAACGCUGAUCAAGAUCUCAUUAGUCAUUCUGUGUUGGACAGCUGCUUUAUUGUCACAACACAAGGAGUUUAUCAUUGCAGGCAGAAGAGGUCACCCGAACAGAUUUUUCUGGAGAUGGCUACUGAGUGUGACACAUUUGAUGCCACGGACAAGUUAGGUAUUGCUCUACAGCUGGACAUAUGCGGCUUGUAUCAGAUUGCCGGUGAAAGAAGACUGGCAAAGAACGAGUUCAGUCAAGCAAUGGAUCUUUUUAAAUUAGCAAAUUGCCCCAGUGUAAAACUUGUCAGGAUGUUUGUUGAGAAAGGGAAACUACAUGAUGUGAUGCCAUACAUUGAGAUGGUUCUUAGUGAACAAGACUCUCGGUCAUCUGGUGACUCAAAGGCUUUAGCAGAUUUCUUACUGCAUUGUUAUGUUCAACAGAUUUUAGAAACUCGUGAAUGUAGUGGUAGACGUGCAAAGUUGGUGGAGAAGUUGAGUCAAUUUGUGAAUGACAAUUUUGCAUAUGAUGAUCGAUCAGCUAUGAAACUACUGGCCAGCAAUGGUCUCAUUGACCUAACACUACAAGCUCGAGCUAAAGUGUCAGAAGCAACUGACCUGCUAGUGAAGCAAGGCUCACUUCAACUACACUUACAACAAACAGCCAAUCUUACUUCAACAGACCAUGCUUCAGCAAUGGCAACGUGUUAUGAUGGUGUACUAUUUCGGUGUAUGCAGCCACAAGAUUUUGUUCGUUUUUUACUGUUGCAGCCUGAUCUUAUUCCACAAUGGUUAACUUAUCUGUUGUCUAUUUUACCAAUACUCGAUCAGCAUUCUCUUCUUCGUAUUGCACGAUUUUUUGACCCAUCAAGAUCAGCAGUAAGAUAUUUGCUGUCACGUUCAACAGGAGGAAGACAAAGGCAAGACAAACGAUACUCAACAGGAUCAAUAGCAUCACUGUCUUCUGCAACACUAAAUGAUGCAAGGGAAACAUUUGUGGAGCCAACAAUGGAGGAGUACAUUGAGUUUUUCUUGCUGUCUGUGCUGACUCUUAAAUUGAGACGAUUAAAGGAACCACUUUUUGACUGUUCGUUUGUUCUUCCAACUAUUGAUCAAGGGUAUGCUGCAGUAUCAGCUAGUUCUGCUGGGGAAUUGCGUCGUCGUCCAACUACUCCAACAGUUGCCAUUAGUACAGUGCCAUUAUCUUGUGGGCAAAGUCAUGCAGCAGCUGUUAUUCAAGGUGAUGUCUACACUUGGGGCCAGACACAGAAUGGAAGACUUGGACAUGGUGACAUCAUCGCAGAGGAAGGUCGGUCUGCACCUCUUCGGGUGGAAAUCUUACACAUGAUGGGUAUUCAGGUGCUGUCCGUAGCAUGUGGAGCUGAACACACCCUUGCACUGUGCACAGAAGGAGUUUAUUCAUGGGGGUGUGGCACAUAUGGCCAACUUGGUCUUGGUGAUACACACCACCGCACACGACCAGCACAUGUUGCUGAGCUAUCAGGGAAGUGUUGUGUUGCUGUAGCAUGUGGUCGAUAUCACUCACUGGCUCUUACACACAAGACAGGCGUAUGGAGUUGGGGAUGGAACGUGCACUCUCAGCUUGGUCAAGGAGGGAUUGAAGAUAUUCUUGUCCCGACCCAUGUGAAAGUUCUGGAUCGACAUCAAGUGGCCAAGAUAUCGGGUGGCAAUUACCACACGGCUGUACUCACAAUCAAAGGCAAAGUGUUGACGUUUGGCAAUGGUAUCCAAGGCCAAUUGGGAUUGGGCAGCAUAACAAAGACGGUUACUCCUCAAGUUAUAGAAAGCUUGCAGGAUGUCUACUUAUUAGAUUGUGGUCUCUUUCACACGGUUGCUGCAACAAAAUCUCAGCGUGUCUUUAUGUGGGGACGUCAGUUGAAACCGGUUCCACAUGUUGAUCAUUUACAGGGUCAACGUUCAAGACCUUCCCGCCGUCAUAGAGUUGCAUAUCACUCUUCGGUUCCUCAGAGAAUUAUGUGUGUUCUUGACUCAAAAAUAUCACAGUUGUGGUGUGGAGCUAAUCAUUGUCAGUUGUUGACAGAAACAGGCUGGGUCUAUUCAUGGGGUGCAAAUGAGUGUGGCCAGUUGGGAUAUGAGCUCAAGCAGGAAGUGCUGAUUCAGACUCGGCCUAAGAUGGUUUCAUCAAUCGGUAACAAGAUACGAAGUAUUGCUUGUGGUGACCAAUUCUCUGCUGCAAUGGAUAUCAAUGGACGUGUGUGGGUAUGGGGCAGAGAGGAUCAAGGCCAGCUUGGGUUUGAAAUGAGGGAAACAGUGAGUGUUGAUGGGUUUAAAUUUACUUCCCAGCCGACUCUGUUACAAGGCUUGACAGUAAAGAGAAACAGAAAAGUAACGAAUCCUGAUGUGCAAGAGGAGGAAGAGGCACUGGUACAGAACGAUGAUCAAUCAGAAACCAGCAUUGUAUUUGAGCUUGAUUGGGAUGCUCUUCCUGCGUUUUCAAGAGAAGAUCCAGCGCAGUUGGCUUAUGACCAAGGAGCCUUGAAAGAGGCAUUGAGAUGCUUGUCAGGCAUCUAUCGGUCUCACCUUAUUCUUAGGCACGUUAUAGCUUGGCAAGACUGGGAAAGUGUUGCCUUUAUAUAUGAACUGAAAGCAAAUUGGUCACAAUGUCUCAAGUACAAGUUGAAGGCAGCAGCUUCACUCUCCUCUGAGAAAACUAGAGAGAAAGUGGUUGUGAUGGCAUGUCAGGCGAUCAUGUUUUGCACAGAACAACUGGCAGCCGAAGCAAACAUCUUUGACAUUCAACAAAUUGCAAUGCAAAUGUUGCAGCAGAUUUGCUACUUCUGGCAUGAACAGAAGAUCAGUAUUCAAAUUUUGGAGAAAACCCUGUCACAACACUUGACUGUUUAUGGCUCUUCUUUGUGCCAUCUUUGUCUUAGUGUUACAUGUAUUGAUGAUGCUGAUCAAGGGCAACAAGAUGAUUGCCUUUGGUCUAUUGUCAAGACAUUUAGUGUUGAGUUUCAAUUAAAAGUUUUGGCGUCAGUCACUGCAAAGAUGAGUCAAUGUUCGAGUCGUUCUCUUCGUAGACAAAGAAAUGGUGGGACAACAGUAGCGGACGAGUUGGAAGACACUGAAGGUCGUGAAGAUGGUGAUGGUGAAGAAUUUAUUAGCAGCUUAACGAUAGAAGAUGAAAGACUUUGGAAUGAGAUUUUGAAUAAUCUUGGGAAGGACUUAAACAAACGAGUAAACGUUCUUCUGAAUGGUUUGCCUGAAGACUCAGGAUCUGAAAUGGACACUGAGAACCAACAGAGUGGAGUAGACAUUGUGUGUUUCACGACAGGAAAGGCACACACAGCGAAGGCAUUUGAACAAGUUAUACUUCCUCAAUUUCGACUGCAAUUGAAGCAAGUGUCCAGUGACACUCCAUUGGCUAACAAGAGUGUCCUGGAUCAUUAUCAACAAUCGCCUCUCAUUGCUUUGGCGAGUCCGGAUGCUUUGCUAGAUGCUCUACGAUUAGGCUCGAAUGGCUAGUGUAAAUCAGUCAAUACUUUGUUGCUGUGUAUACAUACAUGUAUAUUACAUUGGAUUUGUUCUUGGUCAAAAAUACGGUACUGCUGAUAAUUUUUAAAAUGUUUCAUUGAUACCAUAUUUUCUAAUAAUGUUGUUUUCUAUUGGUCUCAAGAAGGUUUUGCUUGUGUUGUUGUGAUUCUGAAUUAAAAGAUGGCAAUAUCUGGGA